ACUUUCACUAUUAUAUCAAUCCAUCCCUUUUUCUACCUCCAACCACAAACAACUCAUCCACGUUAUUCUCUUAUAUUUUUUGCUUCUUCCACUCAUAAGGAGCAGCUUAUACUUACUUCUCAAGCGAGUUCCACGAUCUAGACCAGCAAUUCCUCGAGAAAAGCAAUAAGUGAAGGAUUCGAGUUGCGAAUUCGAGUUGUUUGAAAUUUUAUUCAAAUUUUGUUAAGGGUUUUGAGGUUUAGAGCUAAGGCAUAUUCUCAUGAAGAGUCCUACAAAGAAGUUAAGUAACAUUAUAGCCAAAUGGAGAAAAAGAAGAAAAGGUCAAUUUGUUGUGUAUACAAAGGAAGGCAAGAGAUUUGUUGUGCCAUUGUACUAUUUAAAUCAUCCAAUUUUCAAAGUUUUACUUGAGAUGGCUGAAGAGGAGUAUGGUUCUACAGUCAAUGGCCCUUUGAGAGUUCCUUGUGAGAAUGAAUUAAUGGAAUAUAUUCUCUGUUUGUUGAGAACAAAACCUGAUGCUGAAAUAGAAGAAGCAAUUUCCUCUAUUUCUACAUGUAGAGGAACACAUGUUUCUUGUAAUUUCUCACCUCUUCAAUGCGAUAAUCUGGUUGAAAUUAUAUCAUAACAUCCUUAGGUUUUAGUAGAAAAUAGAGUAGAAGAUGAAGAUUGAUGCAAUUAAUAUUCUUGUAUUGUGAUACUUUAAGAUACUUUACUAGUUGUAAUCAGCAGUGGCGGAGCCGCCUUAUAGGAAUUCCUGGGGAAAAUACACUAUGUAGACAGGUAAAAAAA